CUAGAACUGGCUCAAGGUCUCAGCUGAGCAGGAGUGGAUUUUCUAUCUUCAAUUGUGGAAAUAUACCAUAUACAUCAACAUCAGUAGUCAGUUCUGACCAGGGCAAUGGCUGGGACCAAAUUCGUGUUUCGUGAACGAAUACUUCCUUUGUCAAAUACCCUUGAAAACUCGCACGUUGUUUGUUCUACAAACCCCUCGUCCUUUGUUAUCCUCAUAUCAAACCCUCUCCCUUCUAGGAACCGGAGUAAAUAAAAAAGCACUUAGACAGUUUAGGUACUGACUCCGAGCUGUGCUGUUGUUGCCACCCAAAUCCACUGCCACAAUCCCCUACUUGCAGACGGAUUCCACGCACUCUAGCAGCUCAGCCGCAGCUCCUUUUUGUCCCAGCCAAGAGAGCAUUUCAGCUACUGUCCAAAAAGUAGCUAUGGGAUUGGCUAUUUAUGUUGUGAAAUGAAUAUAUUUCUUCCUGUCAGCCGGUAUAGAAUAACAUCACAUUGGGGGAAGUAACCAAAAAUGGACAUACCAAGAUCCUUUCCGGCUAUAUCGAAAGCGGACCCAUGAACCGGCUCGAACAUGGAUGGGUUCUCGCGCGUGGGAUCAAGGUUACUCGUGGGAGCGAUGCCAAUUGAUCCUGCAAGAGCUGAUGCAAGAUCGGACAGGAUACCGGCGUGCUAGGGGGCGUGGGGGGUAGAGGAUUAGGCAUGUCAAACUUCACAUCAAAUAAUGAAAAACCACGCACCCAGCUCGGGACCCUACGAGUCCAUCUCUUCCCGCUUAAAAGAAAGGGGAAGGUAAACCGACAUACCAAAUUGGUCGGAACAAUGGUAUCCAAACUCUCAGGAGUCAGCACCACUCUCGCCGUCAUGGCGUCCACCAGCAUCUUAUCACACGUCACAUCGGGAAAUUGCGCUGCGACCUCCGCCGCCGCAAUUUCAUCCCACACCACCAACCCAUUUCUCUGCGCGUUGCUCUUCGUGGCGACAGUGAUGUGCUUCUUCGCCCGACUCCGCGCAGCCUCAAAUGCAAAUUUCAUGAUCCGUUCCACGCCAUGGCGGGUAAAGAUGGAUAUAUCCGUGGCUACCUCCCACGGCUUGCCGGCGUAGCUGCGCCCACCGUGACCCGCAUACUCCCCUUCAGAGUUCUCACGGACGAUCACCCAGUCGAGAUGGAGCGGCGAUUGGAUGCCGUGAAAGACCCUGGUUGGCAUAUUGCUAGUCGAAGACCUUAGAGGGAGAUAUGAUCUGGUACGUCUGGAGUGUUCACAAACGAGAACCAGAGGAAGGUAGAAGAUGAAAUGGGAGAGAUAUCUGCCGUGUUUCUUGUAAUACGCACUGCUCCACUCAAAGUUCUCGAAGGCCAGUUCAAAAGUAUCCAAGCCACGCGGUUAGUUUCUUCAGCACUUUGAUAGUUACCAGCUUCUAUCACCUCAGGCCCAAUGCCGUCCCCACGUAUAGCUGCUAUUUUGUAACACGGGAGCGCGGCGCCAUCAUUCGCUGGUUUUGAGGAAGACAUGGUUUCUCAUUUUUUUGCCUCUCUUCUUCUCCUCUGUUUAUUCGGUGAUAGGUAGAUGGUUAUAAUCACCAGCUUGUACACCUUGCCGGGGACCAAUGCUGCAGAGAACAACGCGGCAGUCGGACAUCCAGGAGGAUAAGGAAAAAAAUGCUUCGGGUGUAUUUAGGAUGCGUCUAUUCCAUCUUCAUAGCGAUCGAUCCCGGCUGUAUCAAGCAGGGAAGCCCCCGGUUGAAUAGCCGAGAGCGGAGAUUUGCUGCCAACCGCAUCCAUCAUUCUCAGGAUUUCACAUAUCUGAAAGUUACUCUGUAAGCUGCCGGUCCACUGACCGAAACGAAACAUCUUUAUAUAUAUCUGGUCCACUAUACUAUAUUGUGUGAAAAAGCGACUUUGGCUAUGACGAAGAGUAGAACAUUACUCUCAGACAUCUAGUCAUUUAACUAUUCACAGCUGAUCUUAUAUAGAUAUUUAAAAAGGCCGAGACCAGGAGGAGAGCGCCUUGUCUCUCCCCAUCUUCCACUAAAUAAUAAAGCUUGAACAACUAUCCACCUAAACCAACCUGUCCUGCUGAGAACUUACCUGGCCCAUCCACCACCCAUGAAAAUAUCAUUUCAGUCCCCCCUCCCCCUGUGCUACCCCAUAUUCCCUCUUUAACACAGAAAAUCCACCGUUGAAAUCAGCACUCAAGCCAUCACAUGAUCGCAAUGGUGUUUGCUAUCCGGGCCUUCACACGGGCCUCAAAGAAAAGAGCAGGAUGCCGAUGACGUGAGCGGGUGAUUUGCAGGUCAGCAGUCGGCUCGGUAUGUUUCUGAAAAUCUUGAAACCGCUCCACCCAGCGGCGAACAGGCUGCCAAGGGGGGCAAGUGGGGGAGGGGGGAGGGUUUUAUAUAUAGAAAAAUCUUUAAACGCAACUGAAUUUCAGCGCCGGCGUGAUUUCGUCUGCUGGAUGCAACAAAGGGCCCACCAACACCUUCCUCGGACGUCUACGCUUUUUUGUUGCUUGGCUUGGGAUUGAUGGCUGAGGUGUUGAGUAAUUCCUUAAACAUGCCUCGAUCCGUACCUAGAGCCGGAGCUGAAAUCCCGGAUAAUAAUCCUACGUCUUGCAAGGCGGGUAGAGGUUAGCUGUUGCUUAAAAACUUUUUUUUUUGGUUGUUAUAUUGAUAUUUAAUCCUCCCCUUCAAUCAUACUCUUCUGUCAGUUUCAUUUUCCAGUAUAUCAUCAUUCAGCAUCUCUCCCGUCUCUUUUGUGCUUGUCUUAUUCGUAUGACUUUCACUUCCCGCUUUAGUUAUUUAUAUAUUUGCAUUGAAUGGUAGAAAGAAAACAACAUUCCCCUCUCCUUACUGCUAUUACUUAGCCCUACGUCAAACCACCCGCACAAAACUUGGGCCGAAAGUGCCAACUCCGCAAGGGAAUAAAUAGGAAAUAUAUUGGGCCGAGAUAGGAAACAUCAUUAUCCGCCGAACCAUGCUAGCGAGAGACGAGGUCAGCGUCAACGAUGACGACUACCAUGACUACACUCGCCUCACCCUCAACUCGAGCAGCGGCGUUGGGGAAGAUAGGGGCUAUCUAACGACUCUCCCCCCGGAGAUCCUCCUCGAAAUUCUCCAAUAUGUUGGCGCCGACGAGCUCAGGGCCAACAACCUAGACAUGUUACUCAUAUGCAAAUACUGGCACAGCAUUGCAUCAACAGUCCUGAUGGAAGAUGUGAAACUCUCAGCGACCGGCUUGAAGAAAUUCCUCGCGCUGCAGCAGCUAGAAAUGACUGCACCUGGGAAUGAUAUACCGGACCAUGAAUCUCAAUAUCAACAUCAACACCAGGGAGUUACAAGUACACGAGCAGAAACGAAAUCAGAUUCGGAAUUAUCUCCCGUGAAUGAGUGCACUACGCCCACGCCAACGCAGACAACAAGCCUCUCCAUCCGCCUGACCGGUUACUCAGGAUGGUCUACUCUGAUCGACCCUGAGACGCAGCAGGCCAUCCCGGAACGAUUCAAGAUCCUCGCUGACUGGGUCGGAAGGACAAGGGCGGAUAUGACCCGUCUUUCCAGUUGGCUGGGCACACUGAAGACGUUGACCCGAUUCCGAUUCCAGGCCGAAGGAGAAUCAAACUCGCACGGCAUCGUGCAGGCGCAUCUGUUCGAGCACAUGAAGAGUUAUCUACACGCGGAUGCGGUUGCGCUUAUGUGCAGAAGUAUCCCGGCGGAUCGAUUGAGGGUUCUGGAGUUGGAUACAUGCGGAUCGGCGUUUAUGGAGGCGGGUGCGGAUUGUGCUGAGGGAAGACAUCCUUCGGAAAAUGAGCAUAUCUGCCCGCUUAUAGGGAGGUAUGUGCCGUACCUGCAGCGGUUGAGAGUGAGGAUGCAUAAGAUCUGCCCAGAGGUUUUUGGCGUUGGUAGUAAGAAUGAUAAUCAGUAUACGACGGCUCGGAAGGAUUUUGUGUUCCAUCUGAGCCUGUAUGACCCAUUGAAGAGGGUGAUGAGCGCAAAGUCUGCGAAGCUGUGUUCAGCUGGUACACAUUGCAGGAGGGAUGUGUUGAUAAACCAGAUGAUUGGAGGGGCGAAUAUGGCGGCGAGGCAGAUGCCUAAUCUUAAGGCCACGGUUUUGUAUCAUGUUUACCCGUUUGAUCUUGUGGCGAUGGAUUGUCGGACGGGCGAUACGGAGACGGUCGAUGGCCAGGUUGACUGGUUGGAUAAUGAGGAUUUGGUUUUUAGGGAUGGGAGGUAUCCUUCAACAACCGCUGGCACGUUCGUGACAGUCUGCGCGUUUUGACCUGUUAUAAAAAACAGAGACCAAUGCCUAAACCUUAGAUUAAAAUCUGAAAAAUCCGAAUUGAGACGGUUCUAAUAAAAAUGGGGCAAUGAUAACUCCGGGUGGCUUGUCAAAUCGUCCCGCAUCUGCCGUUGUAAGUAUCAUUUCCUGAUCCCAACGAAGGAAAGCAACCGGCAAACAAUGCUAGACAACUUGGGAUGAAGUUGAAUGAAUGGCUGCUGGAUGAGGUCUGAACAUUUAAGGCAGUCUCCAAGCGUUUCUUGAUCACUCAUCCCUGGGAAUUUCCCUUAUCGACAUGGCCCAUGAUGACGAGAUGCAAAGCACAUGUGGCAGCUAUCCGUAGCCAGAGAGAAGAGAGGGAGGGGACUCUCGAAACUAUUUUUCAUCUCAGACGAGAGUCCUAAACGACCGUGACGGUGAUAGGUUUGCUGUAUGCUGGGUUGUCCGACCCCCGAUUUGUCGAAGUACACCGCAAGAAAAUUUCUGGAGAGGCGCGCUCACGUGCUUGAAUAGUUA